AUGUCGCUGGUAAGCCAGAAUUCGCGACGCCGCCGCGGUGGCAGGGCAAAUGCGCGCAACAGCAGCGGGAAAGGUCUCCCUGCUGCCGUGCCAGGCCCAGACGUCCCUCAGGAUCCCAGCGAUCCUCAGAUCCUCCAGGGCCACUGCGCCUCUAAGGGCCCAGGCACCUCCGGGCUACCCAACCCCCGGGAGGGCCCAAGCACCUCUGUGCUACCCACCGCCUCAGAGGGCUCAAGCGCCUCCGGGCAGCUCAUCAUCUCUGAGGGCCCGAACACCUCGGAGCUGCCCACCUCCGGGAAGGAGGGCCCUGGCACCUCCCGGCCUCUUGCAGUCUCCGCGGGGCUGAACACCGCUAUGUCAAUCACCGCUGUGGAGGGCCUGAGCACCUCUGUGUCGCCCACUGCUCCUAAGGGCUCAAAGGCCUCCGAGCAUCUCGAUGUCUCUGAAGGGCUGAACAUCUCCGAGCAGCCCCACUCCGAUGAGGGCCCUGGUGUGCAACCCACCCUGGCUGAGGGCCUGGGAACCUCGGUGCCGCCCACCUUCUCCAAGGUAUCGGGCAUUUCCGCGCCGCUUCCCUCUGGCGAGGGCCGGAGCACCUCCGUGUCGCCCACCAUCUCGGAGGGACCGGGCAUCAACAUGCCCUCCCCCGCUUGUGAGGUCCUGAGCACUUCGGUGCCGCCCACUGACUCUGAUGGACUGGCCAUCAACCUGCCGCCCACCUCUGCUGAGGGCCCGAGCAUCUCCGAGCUGCUCUCGGCUUCGGAGGAUUCCGACAUCUCUGUGUCGCCCCCCUCCGGGGAGGACCUGAGCAUCUCCAUGCCGCCCCCCUCCGGUGAGGUCCAGAGCACCUGGGUGCCGCCCACCAUCUUGGAGGGAGCUAGAGUCAAAGUGCCGCCCACCUCCAAAAAGGGACUGCGCACCUUGGUGCGGCCCGCUGCCCGCGAGAGCCCGAGCGCCUGCGCUGAGGGCCGGGGUGCAUCCCUGCGAUCCAUUUCUGCUGAGCGCUUCAGCAUCUCGGUGGCAUCCUGCGCUGCGGAGGGAUCUGCCAUCUGCGGGCUGCUUCCCUCCGGUGAGGGCCCCGGUACCUCCGGGCUGCUUCCCUGCGGCGAGGGCCCAAGCACCUCCGGGCUGCACACCCUGGGGGGAGGGCGGAGCACCUUGCAGAUGCCCCUCGCAGCCGAGGGCGCUUGCGCUUCCGGAGUGUCCACUGCCGCUGACAGCCCUGAGGCUGAGCUGAGCUGCGGUGCUUCUGCCGGCAUGAACUUAUUCAAGUGCACCUCCCUUGCUCUGCAAAAGGCCUCUGCUCCCUCUGUACGCCCGAAGCGAUCGGAAGGCCCCUGGGACUUCCAGGUCCUGAGAGACAGUGAGAAUUCCAACUCCAUUACCAUUAUGGGCCUUGGCACCGCCCACGUUGCCCUUACCCUGAAGCCUCAGGAUCCUAUGGAGAAAAACGUAGCAGAAUUGCUGCAGUUUCUGCUGGUGAAGGAUCAGACCAAGUACCCUAUUAAGGAAUCGGAAAUGAGGGAGUUCAUUGUUAGAGAAUACCGCAACCAGUUCCCUGAGAUCCUGAGGCGAGCAGCAGUCCACCUGGAGUGCAUUUUUAGGUUUGAACUGAAGGAGCUAGAUCGUGAGGAGCACACCUACAUCCUGCUCAACAAACUGGGACCUGUGCCCUUUGAAGGGUUGCAAGAUAUCCCCAAUGGGCCAAAGAUGGGCCUCCUGAUGAUGAUCCUGGGACAGAUAUUCCUAAAUGGCAACCAAGCCAGGGAAGCUGAUAUUUGGGAAAUGCUCUGGAGGUUUGGGGUGCAGCGUGAAAGAAGGCUUUCGGUUUUUGGCAACCCGAAGAGGCUUCUGUCUGUUGAGUUCGUGUGGCAGCGUUACUUGGACUACAGGCCGAUAACUGACUGUGUACCAGUAGAAUAUGAAUUUUACUGGGGCCCACGAUCCCACCUCGAGACCACCAAGAUGAAAAUCCUGAAGUUCAUGGCUAAGAUCUAUAACAAAGAUCCUAUGGACUGGCCAGCGCAGUACAAUGAAGCUCUGGAAGAAGAAGCUGUCCGAGAUGUUGCUAAUGGAUGGCGGCCUGUUCCUCGUUUUAGGAGGCCCUUUUUUCAGGAAGUUUCUCCAGAGCUCCUGGCUCCUGAUUCAGAUGCUCCUGGCUGUCCCGCAAAAUAUUCCCCCCAUUCAUGGCCUGAGUCAAGAUUAGAGAGCAAGUCAAGGAAGUUGGUCCAGUUAUUUCUGCUGAUGGAUUCAACUAAGCUGCCUAUACCAAAGAAAGGAAUUCUGUAUUACAUUGGUCGAGAGUGUAGCAAAGUGUUCCCUGACCUCCUGAAUCGGGCUGCUCGCACCCUAAACCAUGUGUAUGGCACAGAGCUAGUGGUCCUUGAUCCCAGGAACCACUCUUACACCCUGUACAACCGAAGAGAAAUGGAAGAUAAUGAAGAGAUUAUGGACAGUCCAAACAGGCCCGGCAACAACUUCUUAAUGCAGGUUCUGAGCUUCAUCUUUAUAAUGGGCAACCAUGCGAGGGAAUCUGCAGUCUGGGCCUUUCUGAGGGGCUUGGGAGUUCAAAAUGGAAGAAAGCAUGUGAUCACCUGCAGGUAUUUGAGCCAGCGCUACAUUGACAGUUUGCGGGUUCCUGACAGUGAUCCAGUGCAAUAUGAUUUUGUGUGGGGCCCUAGAGCCCGCUUGGAAACCUCCAAGAUGAAGGUCCUGCGUUAUGUGGCCCGAAUCCACAGGAAGGAGCCACAGGACUGGCCAGAGCAGUACAGGGAGGCCCUGGAAGAUGAGGCCAAUAGAGCUGAAGCCGGGCACCGGCCCUUGGUUGUUCGCAACUUGCGAUAG